AUGCUGGCGAGUAGUUCAAGAGGUCCCAGGCUGGUCAGACAAGGGCAAAUCGGUAGGGGGAGAGCGAGAUCGUGUAGACGAGACACAGGCAGCUGCAAGCCGUACUCUGAGCCGUUCGAGCGGUCGCGGCGACAAGCUGUGGAGGGAUCUUCCCAAACUCAACCUUCUCUCCUGCCCCACGGGCAAGGCAACCAAGGGGAUCGACCCUUGGGAGCUGGAGAAGAAGGCAACCAAGGGGAUCAACCCUUGGGAGCUGGAGAAGAAGUUAGCCCAUCACGCUCGAGGCACCGAAGACGUCGACCUGAACGACCUUCCUUGCGAGCAGAGGAUGACGAUCGACGCCCACCAACCCGCUCAAGGACCAACACGCGGCAACAAGCUGUGGAGGGAUCCUCCCAAACUCAACCUUCUCUCCUGCCCACAGGUAGGGCAACCAAGGGGAUCGACCCUUGGGAGUUGGAGAAGAAGUUAGCCAAUCACGCUCGAGGCACCGAAGAUGUCGACCUGAACGACCUUCCUUGCGAGCAGAGGAUGACGAUCGACGCCCACCAGCCCACUCGAGGACCAACACGCGGCAACAAGCUACAGAGGAAUCCUCACAAGCUCAAUCUUUUAAUCUACCCCACGAGCAGAGCACCCGAGGGGAUCGACCCUUGGGAAUCGAGGAAGAAGUUAGCAAGUCGCGCUAGAGGCACCGAAGACGUCGGCCCGAAACUCCAACCCUGA